CUGCCCCGCGUCCUGCGGUGGGCGGCGGAGGUGCCGCGUAUCGCGACCAUGGCGGGGGCACUGAAGAAGACCACUGGACUUGUAGGAUUGGCUGUAUCUGAAAACCCUCAUGAGCGCCUGCGAAUACUGUACACAAAAAUCCUUGGGGUCCUGCAGAAUAUUCCCAAAGAUGCAGCAUACAGGAAAUACACUGAGCAGAUUGUAAAUGAGCGAUUCAGUUUGGUGCAAAAGGAAACCGAUGUGCAAAAACUAGAGGACAAACUGAAUAGUGGUCACAUAGAAGAAGUCAUUGUACAGGCUGAAAAUGAGCUUUCCUUGGCAAGAAAGAUGAUGCAGUGGAAACCAUGGGAACCUCUAGUUGAAGAACCUCCUGCUGACCAGUGGAAAUGGCCAAUAUAAUUUUCAAAAUGGUACAACCUCUUGAAAGUUUAA